AUGGUGUGGCCCCCAUUCACGAAAAACCUGAAAAUUCAGGUCAAUAACAAUGAUAAAAACCAUGUAAUUGAUAUUGUUGGGUGCUUCAAGAAAAGCAAUCUGAUUGAACGAGAAAAAGCAGAAGCGCAGUUCAAGGCUGAGGUAACGCACAUGUCAGAGUGGAAACCAAGUAAAGUCCGGCAAUGGAACCAACAACAAGUUGAAAACGAUUACUCGAUAUUGUCAAGUGGAGGAUACGAAGAAUACUGGCGCGCAAUCGAAAUUGAUAAAAAGCAUAAUGAAGCGGAAGCAGCAGAAACUAAAUCGUACUACCAAACUCGUAAGGAUUCUGCCAAACGGUCCCACGGUAGAUCAAAGCAGCUAUUAGGACGACAAAAACAAGCUACUACUCAACAAAAUUCAUCGACACCAGCAGCAACAACAACAGCACAAGUCGAUUAUGUUCCGCAGGGUGCCACAGCAACAGUAGAUGGUGUUUAUCAAAAAGACACGGCAGGAGAUAAGAGCUAA